AUGGUAAUACAACAUAAGAACAUAUUUUGUUGUGUUUGUUUUGCCUUCUUGAAGUUUAACCUUGGAGGUGAUAUCGUGAAAGUCGUAAUCGAUUGGAGCAAGCUUCAAAGCACAUCAGCACUUCAGCCAACAUUGCUCUUUAGUGCACUUCAGCAGCAUAUUUUAUGUUUGCAGCCUCUUUUAGAAAAACUCCAGUCAUUGAUUAAAGAGGAAAACAUAGGCCAUAUUGAACCUGCAGGUAAAACAGAAAGCCAAACUUGUGAAACAAGUUUAGAUGUUUAUGAUGGUAAAUGUCAGACUGAAGAAAAGUAUGCAGCUUAUGACCUGGGAGAUACAAAGGAGGCUUAUAUUCAUUUUGAUCCAGAAGUGGUCCAGAUAAAAGCUGGAAAAGCAGAAAUUGACAGGCGGAUAUCAGCCUUCAUCGAGAGGAAACAAGCAGAGAUCAAUGAAAAUAAUGUCAGGGAAUUUUGCAAUGUUAUUGAUUGUAAUCAAGAAAAUAGCUGUGCCAGAACAGAUGCAAUUUUCACACCCUAUCCUGGAUUUAAAAGCCAUAUAAAGGUUUCUAGGGUAGUAAAUACAUACGGGCCUCAGACUAGAUCUGAAGGAGCACAUGGGUCCAGUCACAAAGCAAAUGUGCCUAUUCAUGAUUGUGGAAACCAAGCUGUUGAGGAGAGAUUGCAAAACAUUGAAGCACACUUGAGGUUACAAAAAGGUGGUCCUGUACCAAGAGACAUUUAUCAGAGAAUUAAGAAGCUUGAAGAUAAAAUCCUUGAGCUGGAAGGACUGUCUCCUGAAUAUUUUCAAUCUGUAAGCUGUUCCGGCAAGAGGAGAAAGGUUCAACCUCCUCAUCAGAACUAUUCAUUGGCUGAACUUGAUGAAAAGAUCGAUGCUAUAAAACAGGCAUUGCUGAGGAAAACAAAAGAAAGCAAGUCCAAGGAGGCUGAGCGGCUUCUUCGAUAAUACAAACCCCUUCUUUUCAGAAUCUUCACCAUGCUUUACCCGUAGCCACACCAGAGACCUGAGUCAUGUUCUUUGGGGAUGACUUUCACAGUGAAGCAAAGCCUGCAUGUAAGCUCCUUUUGGAUGAUCUUGAAAGCAUCCUUUCAGAAGAACUCAUUUAAGAACAGUCUUAACUAAUGAAAUAAUUGAAAAUGAACAAUGUUUUAGGAAUAGCAUUCUAAUAAUCCAUUCCCUUCUGUUGUAAAGGAGGAUUGCAGCAUUGUUCAUAUGUGUCUUAACCCACAUACAAAAGCUACAUUUCACAUGUAAUUUGGUGGCUGAGUAUUCAGAAGGGCUAUCUUUGACAUAUUUUUCAUGUAAGUAGUCUGCAUAGACUUGUGAAAUAAAAUGAAAUACUUACUCUUAAGUAAACUGUCUUAGGAAUAAAAACAAACACAAAACCCCCUUUACAGUAUGCAUGCUUGUCUGCUUUUUAUUUACCCCCUGUAUUUGCCUCUGUUUCCACAGCUGUUAGAAAUGCUGUGAAUUGCAUUUAUGUUUGAAAGACGGCUAUGGAUAUCCUGUAUGUAUAACCUGUGCUUCACUUCCUCAGUCUCCUGUAGGAAUGCAAACUUCAUACCAUGCUAAUAAAAUUAAUAUAUUCUAAAGACCACUCCAGGGGAGGUUUUGACAGGCAUUAGCUUUUCUCAUCCUUCUAUAUGCAAGCUUACAUGACUUCUGAAGCAAGAACACUGAGUAUGUAGUUAAAAUUAAAGUCAGACCUUUUUGCCACACAGUUCAGUGUAAUUUUGGGUUUGAUGGUGGGUUUUUGUUUCAGUGUGUGUUUGUUUUA